UUUAGAAUCACUUUCGAGCUUCGGUUCUCUUCUAAACCGCUCUGCAUCUCUGAAUUUCGUCUUCUGCAUUAUUUUGACAAGUAAUCUUCUGAUUUGAUCAAAUAUAUUUUAUUUACGAUGGAAGAACUUAGACUAAGCUUAGAUACCUACAAACUUCAAUUACAGCAAGUUGAAGCUGCAUUAACAGCAGAUGCAACAAGCGAAGAGUUGUUGAAGUUGAAACAAGAUCUGGUUGAAGUGAUUGCCCUUACCAAUGAACUUAUCAACGCUCAGCGCGAGUCUGAAGAUGAUUCGAAAAACAAAAGUAGUGAGAGAAGUAACCACAAAAAAGUGAUACAGUGGUCUGUAGGGGACAAAUGCAUGGCUCCGUGGAGUAACAAUAAGCAAUACUAUGAUUGCACUAUUGAAGCCCUGUCAGAGGACGGAGAAGUUUCAAUUCGUUUUGAUGCCUAUGGUAAUUCUGAUGUUACAACUACUGACAAACUGAAAGAAAGACCUAGGGGUCUUGAAGGAGGAAUGUCAGACAAGAGUUUAGCCGAAAAAUUAAAAACCAAGAAGGAACAGCUGCAGAAACAAAGAGAAUACCUGAAGCAGAAGAAACAAAAAAAGUUGGUAAAGAUGAAGGAACUGGAAGAAGCCAGAGAGGAAGAAAAAAGCAAAUGGCAAAGUUUCAAUGCCAAAGCUUUGAAAACGAAGAAAGGCGGAAUAGUAAAGAAGUCUAUCUUUGCGACCCCUGAUGGCCCUGGUGGUAAAGUCGGUGUAGGAACUUGUGGAAUAUCCGGCCGGCCUAUGACCGAGUAUAUGCAAGCAGAAAAACGCAAGAAAAAGUAAAUAACAACGAACUCACAAACGCGAUAAAUAGGAAAUUGAAUGAAAAAAAAAAAAAAAUAAACCAGACUUUCGUUUUGUAA